AUGGCGUGUUCCAGUUUUUCUAUGGAGAGAAAGCUCUCGCCGGCGAUCCGCGGCUCUUCUGCACUCGAGGGGGACGGCAGCCAGCCAUCGUUUCGGCCGAAGGCCUUAUACCAGCGUCGCCGGAUCUCAAACCUUGCGGAGCCCAGGGUUGACCACGAGCCCUCGACGGGACGUGCACAACCGCGGGCAGAGGUGCCCUUGAGAGGCGCCGUGUUCCCCUGCAAAGUCCGUGACCACGGUGCCGUCGGUGCGACAGAAGACAACCAAGCUGCAGCAGUUGUCGACGCCGUUGUUGAGGCGAAUGUCGUGUUGGAGACUCGCCCGGAUAGUGCCACGCGCAUUGACCUGACAGAACCUCAGCCUGAGAAGUGUGACUCCUUUUUCGGCCAGCGGCAAGCUGAUCAAAGGCUGCAAAGGGAGGUGGGGAGGGCAGCGAACGGCACCCCGCAACCGCAAGAUUUCUACGUUAAUCCGGUAUGCAUGCAAAUGGAUACCUUGCUUCUGAAGAGCGAAAGCGCUGAGGAGAUUCUGACACUCCUUGUCAGCCAUCGCGGAGUUAUGUUUUUACAUAAUCUUGUCACCGCUCUGGAGCUCCUUGCUGACUUCGCCAGCGCAGGAAGCCCAUCCGACCGUCGAGAGAAAAGGCUGCAUUCAGGGGAGUACGUGAACAUCUCAGACCAUUUAGCUGCGAACCGGCAGCUGUGUACGGGACUGCCAGCCAGCAAUACGACUUCGAGGGGACAGCUUGGUAAUCAGGAGAAUCCCGAUGACAUUGGAAGUGCUGGCCAACCGGCUUCAGGCGCUCCACGGAUGGGAGCAGGCGGUCAAGGUCAUCUGCACUUGGUGGGCGGGGACUGCCCGACACGCGUCAUGCCACGGGGGUGGCCCCAAGAGCAAUUCGCGUACGAACACUUUCUGGCUGAGGGUAGUACGUCAACGAAGGCAUGUGUAUCACUUGACGGAAUUCCGCUACAGGCGAGUCAGGCGGAGGGCGUUGCCAUGCAUGGACGAAGUGUCGCUGACUGGAUCAUUCGAGACGAGAGGUACGAGGUAUUAGUGCAAGAUCUUCGUUUUCAUCGCCGAAGCUUGUCAUUCGAGGCCGCUGCGAAGGUGGUUCUGUCGCUGAGGAGGCUGGAGCAUCGGCAUUACCCACUGCUGUCUGCCAUGCUGCAUCCGCUAGCCCGCCGUGAAAUAACUUUGCCUGCACUGGAAACGUGUUCUUUCGCGUCGGCACCUGGGCGCGGGUUCGACGCGCGGGAGCAUCCCCAACAGUGUGCCUCACAUGCACUUCAUGACUCCGGAAUUCAGGCGGCGCAGAGCCCUUCGAAGAGUCGCCAGAAGAAGUUCGAUAGCGUAGUGCAACGGAGACUUGAUGUCCUACUUCAGUGUGCAGGCGUUUACGCAUGGGCAGGAUAUAUCCAGCAUCCUUUCUUUGACAGGGUUGCGGCUCUCUUCCUCUCAGCAAUGCCUUCGGAACUAAGGGACCCGCCAGCUACUCUCCCUUCCAGCUUCAUAUCCCUGGCUUUCCAUCGCGAACUUCACUGCCAGCAUGACGAUUAUCGUGCCGCUGACGGCAGUGACGAUGUCGCCGAUGAAUCACGGCCGCCUCUGUCAUCCAGCCUGAAGCUUGAUGGCAGUCAGAUUGCUGCGGAUCAAGAAGGAUUUAGUGGUUUUUUUCAUAAAGGCAGCAGCGCCGCCGGAGAAGGACCUACGGGAGCCUUCCAUACCAGGGGCCGUGAAGCAGAAGCUAACCCGGUGGACACCGUGUCUCCAUCCAACGGCAUUUCAGCGCUUCAGGGCCAUCGGUUCACUUCGGCGUCGUCCCAGAAGCAUUCACCGGAAUCGAUCACGUCUGUGGAACUCAGGGCAAGUCCGGCUCUCAUAGUCCGGGCGCUGGACAUAUUCUCGUCUCUUCGUGUGGAAGCGGGUCACAAAGUGGUUGAUGCAGCCGCCAACCGCUUGAUGAAACACAUGGCAGACUUGUCUCCCGAUCAACUUGCGGCUGCUGCUGCAGCUGUUACCAAGACCACAGGUUAUGCAGUGCUCUGCUCUUCCACGAAGGACUCAGAAGCGUCGUCACUACCGUCAAGCCACGAUGCACCUUGUAGUGUUGCUGGGCUUUCUGCUCGUGUGGGAGGACAGGUAGCGGCACCUGAGGGAACGUGCGGGUUGGCACACCCAGUGGCCAUCAGCCCGACGGGAAACCGCGGGGCUGACCACGAUACCGUCGUGCCACUUCCACAUCGUCCUACGAACCGUGCGUUGGGCCGUUUUUCUGACUCAGAAGCUGUGUGGAGUGGUAGCGAACGUCAAGUAAUGGAAACGCGCGUCCGCUCUAUCCCAGAUCGGCUGCUAGUGGCGGUGGCUUCUCGGCUUGAGCGAGAUGCCCCGUCAUUUUCUCUUCCGUCUAUUGUUACUGUGCUGAGGGCAUUCCGGCGCCGAAAGCUGCAUUUCCCCUCAUGUAUAUCAGUAGCCGUAUCACGCGCGGCUACGCAUCUGCGUCUUGCGGCAAAUAUCCGGCAACAAACAGUUCUGACUGUUGACGAAAUUGGACAGCUGGUUGAAGCGUGUGCGUUCUUCGGAGAAAGGCCACCUGCGAUGUGGGAUCCUCCGUCUACGACGACUGUAAGGCCGAACGUGAGCGGUGUACCUGGCCACGGUGAUGCGAAUACGAAUGAGCUGGUUGACGCUGCGGCGGCGUAUUUGGAACAACACCUGGAUGAAAUGUCCGAGCAGACUGCCAUCCGAGUGACUUUCGCCCUCGCAGCGGUAGACGGCGCAACUAGCCGGCAUGCGUAUCUUCUGUCGUUUGCAUUUCGCAAGAUCGGCAAGGGCACCGCGUGGCAAGGAAAUAAGGUCGCAAUUUUCCAGCUGUGGCUCUCCCAUAUGCUACAGUUUCCAUGGCUCCGUUACAACAUGCCGCAGCGGUGUGUCUUCGAGGGACUACGGGCAUGGUGCAUGCAGCGAGGAGGCUACGGAGCCCCCUUCCCACGCGUGGUUGCUGAAGUCUCAGAAUUGCUGAAGCGAAGGGCAGUGGCUCAUGCAGCCCUGGUGAAGGUUCCGGCCAGUCCGUACGAGCUCGAUAUUCUUCUGCGGUCGUCGGGCGGCGAGACCAUUGUCAUCAUGGUGACCAACGAAUGUGCGCCGAACACAUUUGCGCCAGUCGGAGGCAGUCGCUUGCAGGAGGUGCACCUGGCACUGGCCGGAUUUCCACACGUCGCAUUUCUGCACCAAGCAACUUGGAACUCUUUGCCGUCCGAGGUGGAGAGAGCGCGCUUCCUUUUGCGUGUUCUGCAGAGUGUAUCUCCUUGGCCGUCGUCUGCAGAAGUAUGCAGACGGCUGAGAGAGUUCAUAGGAAAUGUCCUGGUAGAGGAAGAGUUGGAUACAGGGGGCAGUAUACAGACUGACAGGUGA